ACCGUACACUACAUAACUUACCUCCCCCAAACCCCCUCAACCCCCCAAACCGUCCAUCACACAUCUACAACUCAAGACCAUCCAAACCACCCACCCCUAAAAGACCAAAAAAAAAAUGCCCUGGCGCCCCCUCCACCCCACCGACCUCCCCGCGCUAACCACCAUCGCCAACGCAAUCCACCAAACCCUCCCGGAACGCCCGGAGAUCUUCGCCGAGCGCAUCCGCCUCUUCCCGGAAGGCUGCUGGGGCCUCGACGCCGAGAAUAACGGCCAACUGGUCGGCUACGCCAUCUCGCAUCCAAUCCGCGCGGGCCAGCCGCCGGCGCUGGACACGCUGCUGGGGCGGAUCGCGCCGGACGCAGACCAGUAUUACAUCCACGACGUGGCGAUCCUCCCGGGUGUGCGCGGACGGGGUCUCGCGGCGGAGGGGGUGCGCCGGCUGCUGGAGGCCGGGGACCGGUAUGGGACCACGGGGUUGGUGUCGGUUUAUGGUACGGAGCGGUUUUGGGGACGGUUUGGGUUUGGGGUUGUGGAGGUGGGGGAGGAGUUGAGGGCGAAACUGGAGGGUUAUGGUGGGGAUGCGGUGUUUCUUGUUCGGAGACAUGGGAGCUGGGAACCUUAAGUAGAGGGAGUUGAGGGAUGGCUUGUUGCUCGUGGUGCGGAGUUUCUGUGUAGAUGUACUCAUGUCGGUUUUGUUUGGGCUCUAGUGGGUGUAUUGCUGGACGUGUUGCAAGCUAGUAAGAUUCACGAUUCAAUAUACACGGGUCUGCAGCACGAGACACGCCCCGUUCACAUCAAUCAAUACCUCGCCAGUGCCGAAGAAUUACUCGAAUCCCCGCUUCAGAUUCUCAAAUCGACUGAACGGAUAAUUCAGCGUAUUCGGACUCCGAUCCAGAUCCC